AUGUCACAAAAUGGCGACCACCAUGCGCCUGUGCAAUGGCCUUUCUCUACGCAGUUGUUUAGAUAUGUCCAUUUGAUGGAAACUUCCACUCGUAAUAGUUUCUCAAUUAGCUAAAAGUCUUCGAAAUAUUUUCGUUUAGGUUAAGAUAAGGAGCAUUGACAAUCGAAAUUGCAUAGUUGUUACAGCAAGGAUUGCGCUGUGUUUUGGAUUAGCUUUUCUCUGGAGUUCUCCCCCCCUGUUUUGGGUUAUUUUGGGAGUUUAUCAACUUUUAAAGCAAUUCUUGUCGAUAAUGGAGUUCCACGGUGGUGGGUCUGUUGGGGUCGUGGUCAGUGGCAAUAACGUCCCUGCAUUUCUCACAAAACUUUGGACUCUUGUUGAGGAUCCUGACACCGAUCCUCUGAUCUGCUGGAGCCCAGUGAGUUAGCGAGCGUCAAUAAUGCCAACUAACCUACUACCUAGCUGCUGGACACCUUGCUUCGUAUAACUCAGACUUGGUUCACUUUCUUGACAUUUGCAAGCUAAAUGUCAUUCAAUAUGUUAGCUAACUAGCAGGACAAUUUAACACAGACACCGUUUACUAUAACUAGCUAACUAUAUGAUAAACCACAUCAGUUAGCCAACUAGCUAGUUAGCCUGGGUAGCUAGCUUGCUAACGAGAUCAUACGAGUUGGUUGGACUGAGUCAGAAAGAUGUAACUAACCAGCUAGCUAGGUAACUAGCCAACUUAAUUUGGUCAAAUGUGAAGGUGACACAUUUAUUAAUCUGGGCAGCAAUGGCCGGGGGAGCUUCGUGGCCGGUGGUUUGGUCAUUCCACCCUUCAGCUGUUCCUGGGUGUCAAUUAUCGUUAGCUGGCUAGCUAUGUUAGCAAGCCCUGUCUGCAGCUAGCUAAUUUGGGAAACUGUCGAAACAGUAGCAAGCAAUCUAUACGUGUGUCAAACAGCCAUGCAAAAACCACACAUUCAUUGAAACUAGCUAGCAUGGUUAUGAGAAAAGGGGGUGUGAGAAAAGGGGGGUGUGGCUGUAUAACCAAUUUUAGCAACGGAUGAUGAAUAUGUGUGUAACACCGCCAUGACGCAAUUUGACAGCUUUUUACCAGACAUUACUAGCUACAAUAGAUAUAGUAAAAAAAUCGCUGCCCUACCAUGUAAAAAAAAAAGCGAUGUAAAUGUUUACUUUUUUUAUUACGGCUAUGACAGUAUUGCGAAUCAGUCUGACAUUAGUUUUGACAGUAUUUCAAUCUGAAGGAAGUAUGGUUUGAAGUGACUGAAAUGCUUCAAAGGUAUUAGGCAGUUAAGAAGAUCAUCAGCCAAUGUUUUUCUAUGCUCUUCUGUGUAGAAAAUAAUAUAAUUAACCAGGUUUCCAUCCAACCUGUUUAUGCUAUUAAAGUACAUCUGAUGGAAACAGAACAUUUGUGGGUGAAUUUUCGGAAUGUCGACCAAAAAAAAAAAUACGCUAGAUAAGGUGUGAUCUUUUUGUUGGUAAAAUGUAUUAUGCGAGAAAUGUCAGUGGAACCGAUUUUAUGCGCAAAUAGUAUAAUAUAGAAGUAUCGAAGUAAACUUGGAGUCAGGCAAUGACGUGUGGUCCUCCCACUAUGACUUGUCGGGAAAGCAUGCAGUUUAUUAGGCUACAGAUUAAAUAAAUUAUGAUGAACUUCACAGGAUGGUGAAAGUGCAAGGUGAUGAGCCUGAUUCCCCUUUCCGAUAAAUAUCGAGGGUCUUAUUCUGGUGACAUGAUCAUCUAUGCUUGGCUGCCGUUUGACAAAUAAAAAUAAUCAAGCUCUUUUGUCCAUAAUAAUCUCAUCAUGUAGGCUAGACUGUGUCUGCGAGCUAUUGGCGAGACAGCACAUGCCCACUACUUGCUAUAUAAUGCAACCUUUUUUUGUGAGAGAACCAUCAGUUUAAAAGGUGUUGGAAUCACAUUGAAGUUUAUAUUUUUAUUCAGUACAUACCGGGCAUUCGGAAAGUAUUCAGACCCCUUGACUUUUUCAACAUGUUACGUUACAGCCUUAUUCUAAAAUGGAUUAAAUUGUUCCCCUCCCCUCAAUCUACACACAAUAACCCAUAAUGACAAAGCAAAAACAUGUUUUUAGAAAUUUUGCUUAGAGUCUUAUUGGGUAUGACGCUUUGCACACCUAUAUUUGGGGAGUUUCUCCCAUUAUUCUCUGGAGAUCCUCUCAAGCUCUCUCUGGUUGGAUGGGGAGCGUCGCUGCACAGCUAUUUUCAGGUCUCUAGAGAUGUUAGAUCGGGUUCAAGUCUGGGCUCUGGCUGGGCCACUCAAGGACGUUCAAAGACUUGUCCCGAAGCCACUCCUGCGUUGUCUUGGCUGUGUGCUUAGGGUCGUUGUCCUGUUGGAAGGUAAACCUUCACCCCAGUCUGAGAUCCUGAGCGCUCUGGUGCAGGUUUUCAUCAAGUAUCUCUGUACAUUGCUCCAUUCAUCUUUUCCAUCAAUCCUAACUAGUCUCUCUGCCUCUGAAAAACAUACACACAGCAUGAUGAUGCUGCCACCACCAUGCUACACCGUAAGGAUGGUGCCAGAUUUCCUCCAGACGUGAUGCUUGGCAUUCAGGCCAAAGAGUUCAAUCUUCGUUUCAUCAGAACAGAUAAUCUUGUUUCUCAUGGUCUGAGAGUACUUUAGGUGCCUUUUGGCAAACUCCAAGCGGGCUGUCAUGUGCCUUUUACUGAGGAGUGGCCACUCUACCGCAAAGGUCUGAUUAGUGGAGUGCUGCAGAGAUGGUUGUCCUUCUAGAAGUUUCUCCCGUCUCCACAGAGGAACUCUGGAGCUCUGUCAGAGUGACCAUCGGGUUCUUGGUCACCUCCCUGAUCAAGGCCCUUCUCCCCGAGUGCUCAGUUUGGUCGGGCGGCCAGCUCUAAGAAGAGUCUUGGUGGUUCCAACUUUUUGGUACCCUUCCCCAGAUCUGUGCCUCGACACAAUUCUGUCUCGGAGCUCUACGGACAAUUUCUUCAACCUCAUGGCUUGGUAUUUGCUCUGACAUGCACUGUCAACUGUGGGACCUUAUAUAGACAGGUGUGUGGCUUUCCAAAUCAUGUCCAAUCAGUUGAAUUUACCACAGGUGAACUCCAAUCAAGUUGUAGGAACAUAUCAAGGAUGAUCAAUGGAAACAGGAUGCACCUGAUCUUUUCAUUGGCAAGAUUAGCAAAUUUAGGCAGGACAUGCCAGCAACAAACGCUGACACUACAUCCAAGUAUAUCUGACCAAAUUAUGAAAGACAAGUAUUGUAAUUUUGAAUUCCGUAAAGUAAGUGGAAGAGGUGACAAGUAUUAUUGUUAAUCAAGAAUGACAAGUUACCAGGGUCUGACAACUUGGAUAGGAAAUAAUAGGAGUAUAAUAGCGGACGAUGUUGCCACUCCUAAUGAAUCAUUUUAUACAGUGAGGGAAAAAAUAUUUGAUCCCCUGCUGAUUUUGUACGUUUGCCCACUGACAAAGACAAGACCGGUCCAUAAUUUGAAUGGUAGGUUUAUUUGAACAGUGAGAGACAGAAUAACAACAAAAUCCAGAAAAACUGGAUUUGUCAAAAAUGUUAUAAAUUGAUUUGCAUUUUAAUGAGGGAAAUAAGUAUUUGACCCCUCUGCAAAACAUGACUUAGUACUUGGUGGCAAAACCCUUGUUGGCAAUCACAGAGGUCAGACAUUUCUUAUAGUUGGCCACUAGGUUUGCACACAUCUCAGGAGGGGUUUUGUUCCACUCCUCUUUGCAGAUCUUCUCCAAGUCAUUAAGGUUUCGAGGCUGACGUUUGGCAACUCAAACCUUCAGCUCCUUCCACAGAUUUUGGCUAGGCCACUCCAGGACCUUAAUGUGCUUCUUCUUGAGCCACUCCUUUGUUGCCUUGGCCGUGUGUUUUGGGUCAUUGUCAUGCUGGAAUACCCAUCCACGACCCAUUUUCAAUGCCCUGGCUGAGGGAAGGAGGUUCUCAUCCAAGAUUUGACGGUACAUGGCGCCAUCCAUCGUCCCUUUGAUGCGGUGAAGUUGUCCUGUCCCCUUAGCAGAAAAACACCACCAAAGCAUAAUGUUUGCACCUCCAUAUUUGACAGUGGGGAUGGUGUUCUUGGGGUCAUAGGCAGCAUUCCUCCUCCUCCAAACACGGCGAGUUGAGUUGAUGCCAAAGAGCUCGAUUUUGGUCUCAUCUGACCACAACACUUUCACCCAGUUCUCCUCUGAAUCAUUCAGAUGUUCAUUGGCAAACUUCAGAUGGCCCUGUAUAUGUGCUUUCUUGAGCAGGGGGACCUUGCGGGCACUGCAGGAUUUCAGUUAUUCACGGCGUAGUGUGUUACCAAUUGUUUUCUUGUGGACUAUGGUCCCAGCUGCCUUGAGAUCAUUGACAAGAUCCUCCCGUGUAGUUCUGGGCUGAUUCCUCACCGUUCUCGUGAUCAUUGCAACUCCACGAGUUGAGAGCUUGCAUGGAGCCCCAGGCUGAGGGAAAUUGACUGUGCUUUUGUACUUCUUCCAUUUGCGAAUAAUCACACCAACUGUUGUCACCUUCUCACCAUGCUGCUUGGCGAUGGUCUUGUAGCCCAUUCCAGCCUUGUGUAGGUCUACAAUCUUGUCCCUGACAUCCUUGGAGAGCUCUUUGGUCUUGACCAUGGUGGAGAGUUUGGAAUCUGAUUGAUUGAUUGCUUCUGUGGACAGGUGUCUUUUAUACAGGUAACAAACUGAGAUUAAGAGCACUCCCUUUAAGAGUGUGCUCCUAAUCUCAGCUCGUUACCUGUAUAAAAGACACCUGGGAGCCAGAAAUCUUUCUGAUUGAGAGGGGGUCAAAUACUUAUUUACCUCAUUAAAAUGCAAAUCCAUUUAUAACAUUUUUGACAUGCGUUUUUCUGGAUUUUUUUGUUGUUAUUCUGUCUCUCACUGUUCAAAUAAACCUACCACUAAAAUUCUAGACUGAUAAUUUCUUUGUCAGUGGGCAAAUGUACAAAAUCAGCAGGGGAUCAAAUACUUUUUUCCCUCACUGUACUUUCAGCACGCUUAUAGGUAAGGACAUUCAACAAGCACUUACACAAAUGACUGAUGAUUGGCUGAGAGAAAUUGAUGAUAAAAAAGAUUGUGGGGGCUGUUUUGUUAGACUUCAGUGCGGCUUUUGACAUUAUCGAUCAUAGUCUGUUGCUGAAAAAACUGAUGUGUUAUGGCUUUACACCCUCUGCUAUAUUGUGGAUAAAGAGUUACUUGUCUAACAGAACACAGAGGGUGUUCUUUAAUGGAAGCCUCUCCAACAAAAUCCAGGUAGAAUCAGGAAUUCCCCAGGGCAGCUGUCUAGGCCACUUACAUUUGUCAAUCUUUACUAACGACAUGCCACUGGCUUUGAGUAAAGCCAGUGUGUCUAUGUAUGCAGAUGACUCAACACUAUACACGUCAGCUAACACAGCGACUGAAAUGACAGCAACACUUAACAAAGCGCUGCAGUUAUUUUCAGAAUGGGUGGCAAGGAAUAAGUUAGUCCUAAAUAUUUCAAAAACUAAAAGCAUUGUAUUUGGGACAAAUCAUUCACUAAACCCUAAACGUCAACUAAAUCUUGUAAUGAAUAAUGUGGAAAUUGAGCAAGUUGAGGAGACUAAAUUGCUUGGCGUAACCCUGGAUUGUGAACUCUGUUCCACAUCAAGUAACUCAUGCCAGCUGUAAAAUUAAUUUUAAAAAAACAGAUAAAAAAUACACCUUAUGGAACAGCGGGGACUGUGAAGCAACACAAACAUAGACACAUGCAUACAAACACACAAUAAUAUACGCACUAUACACACGUACACAUGGAUUUUGUGUUAAUGAUAUGUGGUAGUAUAGUAGAGGCCUGAGGGUCAAUGUAAAUAGUCCGGGUGGCCAUUUGAGUAAUUGUUCAGCAGUCUUAUGGCUUGGGGGUAGAAGCUGUGAAUGAGCCUUUAGGUCCUAGACUUGGUGCUCCGGUACCGCUUGCCAUGCAGUAGCAGAGAGAACAGCCUAUGACUUGGGUGACUGGAGUCUGACAAUUUUUUGGGCUUUUCUCUGACACCGCCUAGUAUAUAGGUCCUGGAUGGCAGGAAGCUUGGCCUCAGUGAUGUACUGGGCCGUACGCACUACCCUCUGUAGCGCCUUAUGGUCAGAUGCCGAGCAGUUGCCAUAGCAGGCGGCGAUGCAACUGGUCAGGAUGCUCUCGGUGGUGCAGCUGUAGAACUUUAUGAGGAUCUGGUGACCCAUGCCAAAUCUUUUCAGUCUCCUGAGGGGGAAAAGGUGUUGUCGUGCCCUCUUCAUGACUGUCUUGGUGUGUUUGGACCAUGAUAGUUUGUUGGUGAUGUGGACACCAAGGAACUUGAAACUCUCAACCCGCUCCACUACAGCCCCUUUGAUGUUAAUGGGGGCCUGUUCGGCCCGCCUUUUCCUGUAGUCCACGAUCAGCUCCUUUGUCUUGCUCACAUUGAGGGAGAGGUUGUUAUCCUGGCACCAGACCGCCAGGUCUCUGACCUCCUCCCUAUAGGCUGUCUCAUUGUUGUCGGUGAUCAGGCCUACCACUGUUGUGUCGUCAGCAAACUUAAUGAUGGUGUUGGAGUCGUGUUUCUUUACAUCGCCAAUGUGGUAUUUCGUAAUGAUCCAACCUGUAAACCAAUGCCAGAGACUUGCCAAAGUCACAGAGUUUAGUUAGACUUUAUCAGACCCAAUGUUGUUUAGCUUUGUUGUAAGCCACCCAAGGCAGCUUAACCUGAUUCUUAGUACAUGCUCAGUACAUAAGGCCUAGCUAAGGUAAACCUGGGUUGUGCGAUAUUUCUUUAACUGUUAUUGUUCUUCCUUUACAGAAUGGCAACAGCUUCCAUGUGUUUGAUCAGUGCCGAUUCUCCAAGGAGGUGCUUCCCAAGUAUUUUAAACACAAUAACAUGGCCAGCUUUGUGCGCCAGCUCAAUAUGUGUGAGUUGUCAUUCAUGUAUUUAACACAUUAGCAUGGCAAUGCCAUGGAAUAAAAUCUUAAUAGUACCUUCAUUUGAUUUGCUUAUACUAUUUAUGUUUCUCCAGUUUAGCAUUUUGCCUCCAGAACCUUCACUUAUCGGUUUUGGGUGUGCGGUAGAUUCUGCAUAUUAUUUGCUUAUAUUAUAAUGAGCCUUUAAAUAGACUCAACCAAGGACUUAUUUUUAUAGAGGCUAUUUCUCAGAAGUUGAGGUAGAUGUAACAAUGUGGUUUUUUUAAACUGUGAAAUCCUUGUGCUUUUUUUUGUAUCUUUGGUUAUGUAAUCCACUUGCAUGUUAUUUAUUAAGACUGAAAAGGCUAGGAGGAUAUGAUUGCAUACAGUGACCUAGAAACCAGGCAAAUGUCAGAAACAAAAAAUAAAGGCUAUGUAAUUGGCAUGUAUCUCUAGAAAUUGAAUGGUAUGCCUUAGUCAAAACUGUAAAUUGUUGUUUUUUUCUUUCUACAGAUGGCUUCCGCAAAGUAGUCCACAUUGAGCAGGGCGGCCUGGUGAAGCCUGAGAAGGACGACACUGAAUUCCAGCAUCCCUACUUCAUCCGCGGCCAAGAGCAUCUGUUGGAAAAUAUUAAACGGAAAGUUAACAAUGUAAGUGCAAAAUGAUAAGGUGAUCAUCAUGAUAUGUCUGAUUCAUGUGUAGUGUGUUUCUUCGUACUCAACUCCGAACAGUGUUUUAAAUAGGCUUUACAAUGCCCAAACAAUAUUAGUUAAGAAAUUAGUACAAAUAUAUUACAUUUAUAGUCAGAACUAUGUAGCCAACUCCCUGUAGAAAACACACAUGGAAAUCCUCAGUAAAACUCCCCAUAGAGAAGACCCAUUGGGAUGCUCCUCAGACAUACGGCAUGUCAGAAUGACAGCAUGUGCUCCCAGUGCAUGGCCUGCUUGGCCUGCUCUUCCUCUCUGCUCGCGGGACAGAUUGAGCUAAUCUAGUGGUCUCUGUGGAGCCUGCCAGCUGGGGAUGGGUGGAUUAGAGAAGGCAGGCCAGGGAGCUCGUGAUCUGAUGUUGCCUGACCCUUAAAUGCAGUCACUUUCUGCUCCACUCAGUCCACUGAUUUACAGCUGUUUCCAUCUGCACCUUGAUAUAGUCUGCCUCGGGCCAACUGACCAGUUCAGGCUAAAAACGGAAUACCGAAUCAUACACUCUUUUCAUUGCGUUUCCAUUGUCUAUCCCUCAGGGUUCAAGUCGGGGCCAAUGCCUACACUGAAGACUUGUUUUGAACUUUUUCCCUCCUCACUUUAACAGUUUUCUUUGCUUUAACAGUUUGCUUUAACCAUUUCGUCAUGUUCUCCCUCCCCCUCAGGUGUCCAAUGUUAAACAUGAUGAGCUUAAGAUGAGCUCAGACGAUGUCUCAAAAAUUCUGACCAACGUUCAGCACAUAAAGGGCAAGCAGGAGACCAUAGACUCCAAAAUCAUCGCCAUGAAGCAGUAAGUGAAACGUUGAGAAGCACAUUCUGAUUCCUAUUCUGAUUAAUUAUUGUGCAUAUUGGACGGUUGACUCGGCUUAACUAAUAAAUUGAAAGGAACAAAAUUAAUAGAAGGUCUGACAAGCGUAGUGCAAAGCACAACCCCCAAAUCCACAUUCAGUGCAUUCGGAAAGUAUUCAGACCCCUUGACCUUUUCCCACAUUUUGUUUCGUUACAGCCUUACUUUAAAAUAAAUUAAAUAUUUUUUGACCUCAUCAAUCUACACACAAUACCCCAUAAUGACCAAGCAAAAACUGGUUUUUAGAUUUUAUUGCAAAUUUAUAAAAUAAAACUGAAAAUGAAAUAUAACAUUUACAUAAGUAUUCAGACCCUUUAGUCAGUACUUUGUUGAAGCACCUUUGGCAGCGAUUACAGCCUCAAUUCUUCUUGGGUAUGACACUACAAGCUUGGCACACCUGUAUUUGGGGAGUUUCUCCCAUUGUUCUCUGCAGAUCCUCUCAAGCUCUGUCAGGUUGGAUGGGGAGUGUUGCUGCACAGCUAUUUUCAGGUCCGUCCAGAGAUGUUCGAUGGGGUUCAAGUCCGGACUCUGGCUGGGCCACUCAAGGACAUUCAGAUACUUGUCCCGAAGCCACUCCUGCAUAGUCUUGGCUGUGUGCUUAGGGUCGUUGUCCUGUUGGAAGGUGAACCUUCGUGCCAGACUGAGGUCCUGAGCGCUCUGGAGCAGGUUUUCAUCAAGGAUCGCUCUGUACUUUGCUCCGUUCAUCUUUCCCUCGAUCCUGACUAGUCUCCCAGUCCCUGCCGCUGAAAAACAUCCACACAGCAUGAUGCUGCCACCACCAUGCUUCACCGUAGGUGUGGUGCCAGGUUUCCUCCAGACGUGACACUUGGCAUUCAGGCCAAAGAGUUCAAGCUUGGUUUCAUCAGACCAGAACAUCUUCUUUCUCAUGGUCAGAGAGUCUUUAGGUGCCUUUUGGCAAACUCCAAGCAGGCUGUCAUGUGCCUUACACUGAGGAUUGGCUUCCAUCUAGCCACUCUACCAUAAAGGGCUGAUUGGUGGUGUGCUGCAGAAAUGGUUGUCUUUCUGGAAGGUUCUCCCAUCUCCAUAGAGGAACUCUGGAGCUCUGUCAGAGUGACCAUUGGGUUCUUGGUCACCUCCCUGACCAUGGCCCUUCUCCCCCGAUUGCUCAGUUUGGCCGGGCGGCAAGCUCUAGGAAGAGUCUUGGUGGUUCCAAACUUCUUCCAUUUUUAAGAAUGAUGAUGGCCACUGUGUUCUUGGGGACCUUCAGUGCUGCAGAAAUGUUUUGGUACCCUUCCCCAGAUCUGUGCCUCGACACAAUCCUGUCUCGGAGCUCUACGGACAAUUCCUUCGACCUCAUUGCUUGGACUUUGCUCUGAAAUGCACUGUCAACUGUGGGACCUUUAUAUAGACAGGUGUGUGGCUUUCCAAAUCAUGUCCAAUCAAUUGAAUUUACCACAGGUGGGCUCCAAUCAAGUUGUAGAAACAUCUCAAGGAUGAUCAACAGAAACAGGAUGCACCUGAGCGCAAUUUCGAGUCUCAUUGCAAAGGGUCUGAAUACUUAUGUAAAUAAAGUAUUUGUUUUUAAUUUUUUAUAAAUUUGCAGAAAAAUCAAAAACAAUUUUUGUUUUGUCAUUAUGGGUUAUUGUGUGUAGAUUGAUGAGGAUUUGUAUUUAUUUAAUCUAUUUUUUAAUAAGGCUGUAACGUAACAUAAUGUGGAAAAAGUCAAGGGGUCUGAAUACUUUCCAAAGGCACUGUAAAUACAAAAUUGUAAAACAUUUUCAGAAUUGACUACCCCUUGAACGAGCCAAAAACAUUCCUCCCCCAGCUUAGCCUCUCAGUUCCACACAAUAAGAUUCUCUCUCGCUCACCCUUUCCUGCUGUGUUGGUAAAUUAGCAAGCAUCCAUAUUGUGUCCCCAUAGGGCUGCCGUAGCCUAGCAUGCUGCAUUAAGGUGGUGUAAACCAGUUUAUUUAAAGCUGGUGAUUAGGCUGCUAGAGCCAGAAUUCUUAGAGACCUGUCAGAGGCUGAAAUAUACAUGCGGGAGUCAGUGUGCUGUUUGAAUCCACAGAGCUGUCCCAAAUGAACACUUUCACGCUAUAAUUUUAUUUUUUUCUGAUUAAGUGCGCACAUCUAGUGAUAUAAAGUAGAGUUUUUAAUGGUGGUUGAACUGCAGCCGUGGAGAGUUGGACCUUCUUUUUCUAGUUAUUAUCCGGCUGUGGUUUAGGAUAGGUAUAGGGUUACUUCUGCGUGUACUUUUUCUGGAUGACUUUAUAAGUUGUAGCCUGGGUGCCAGUCUGUUUCUGCUCUAGCCUCUUACUAACCCCUUAUGGAAUUGUCAUGCCAUGUUUGACUUGACAAUGGAGUAGGCAAAUGCACAAACCGAUCUGGGACCAGGCUAGAUCAGUUGUGGUUCAGACUGAGUUCCAUGUUUGUAGCAGUAUUGAUGUGGGGAUAAUUCAUUGAGUUGUGUCAUUGUACCCCAGUCUGGUUAGUUAGCGUGUCUACUCAUUAUAGAUGUCUUGAUCAAAUGUGGUUCAAAGUUAAGUUUCCAUUUUUUUAACAGUUAUGGGAUAACCCAUUGGGUUGUGUCAAUGCACCCCACUCUGGGACAAUAUAAUGGUGUUUCAUGUUUCAGGACGCUUAGUCACCAUUCUAAAACCGAGUGGUUCCUCUCAUGCAGCUGGGAUGAUAUGGUUGUGCUGCUCACCAGCUGCCUUUAAGCCGUCAGGGUGCAUGUCAGGCCCCACAUCAUUAAUACAAUCCUUCCUCCACACACACACACACACACACACACUUGGAUUCUCCAGCUGGACCCUUGGACUCUUCAUUGCCACCGAGGGCUUUCUCUUCUGUCCCAAACAUAUGUUCACAAACCAGACUUUUUCUUCAUGGUACCAUGAUGCAAUACGCAGGGCAGAUUUAAUUAUGACCUUAUUCAUGGUGUCCAUCCGCAUGGCAUGACAGUCUCUCUCCAUGUCUUUCACUUCACCAUGUCCUCUUAGAAUAGGAGAGUGCAAAAAUAUGGGAUUAUUUACCUUGUUUUAUCCAAUCUGUUUUAUCCAACAUGCCUGUUCGAUCCAUAUCUUUAGAUUAAGAUAUAUCACUCAAAUACGAUUGCUGUCCAUCACCCGAGGUGGGUGGCUCUCAAUAAAACGAGACAAGAAUCUCUCUUACUUAUAAAAAUGGAUUCUUCUCUAUUACCAUAUUGCUAUUUUCACACCUGCGCACCUCCCCUCUGACACUCUGACAAAUCUGACAGUCCAAAAAGUUACAGGUAUGUUUCCGAUUAUCUGAUGACUUUCACAUGUCAAAUAAUCCCUCUGAGUAUUGGUCAGAGUGGUGUUUCAGGGUGAGGAUGGGGGGUCUAGGGAGGGUUGGGUUCGCGGGGGUCAGUGAUGACCCCAUCCACUUGGAGGCAUCUACACCUGCCUCUAUAAACCCUGUUCAUCUGCCCCACAGGGAGGUCAGCACAGAUAGUGGGCUUUUCUGGCGCAGCCUGCUUUUACAGGGCAGGGUGGGUUUACAAGGCAGCAGGUACCACUGAUAGUCUAUAAACACUGAUAAAGCACCUCUCUUUUCCAUGUCAGGAGUAUGAAGGCCUUGUAGCACUCAGAUGACACCCCCAGUACACACGUCCUUCAACCCUCGUUCAGUCUCUGUUUUAAUACCACAUCUGUGUACUGGAAGUUCUUAAGGUUAACAUGCAUUACUCCAUAACAAUGCCAGGUUGUAAGGCCUAAGCUAUGAUAAUCAGCAAAUGUAUGUUUCAUUUUGUCCUAGAAAGCUAGGCCUACAGUUGAAGUCAGAAGUUUACAUACACUUAGGUUGGAGUCAUUAAAACUAGUUUUUCAACCACUCCACAAAUUUCUUGUUAACAAACUAGUUUUGGCAAGUCGGUUAGGACAUCUACUUUGUGCAUGACACAAGUAAUUUUUCCAACAAUUGUUUACAGACAGAUUAUUUCACUUAUAAUUCACUGUAUCACAAUUCCAGUGGGUCAGAAGUUUACAUACACUAAGUUGACGGUGCCUUUAAACAGCUUGGUAAAUUCCAGAAAAUGUCAUGGCUUUAGAAGCUUCUGGUAGGCUAAUUGACAUCAUUUGAGUCAAUUGGAGGUGUACCUGUGGAUGUAUUUCAAGGCCUACCUUCAAACUCAGUGCCUCUUUGCUUGACAUCAUGGGAAAAUCAAAAGAAAUCAGCCAAGACCUCAGAAAAAAAUGGUAGACCUCCACAGUCUGGUUCAUCCUUGGGAGCAAUUUCCAAAUGUCUGAAGGUACCACCUUCAUCUGUACAAACAAUAGUACGCAAGUAUAAACACCAUGGGACCACACAGCCGUCAUACCGCUCAGGAAGGAGACGCGUUCUGUCUCCUAGAAAUGAACGUACUUUGGUGCAAAAAGUGAAAAUCAAUCCCAGAACAACAGCAAAGGACCUUGUGAAGAUGCUGGAGGAAACAGGUACAAAAUCAUCUAUGUCCACAGUAAAACAAGUCCUAUAUCGACAUAACCUGAAAGGCCGCUCAGCAAGGAAGAAGCCACUGCUCCAAAACCGCCAUAAAAAAGCCAGACUACGGUUUGUAACUGCACAUGGGGACAAAGAUAGUACUUUUUGGAGAAAUGUCCUCUGGUCUGAUGAAACAAAAAUAGAACUGUUUGUCCAUAAUGACCAUUGUUAUGUUUGGAGGAAAAAGGGGGUUGUUGCAAGCCGAAGAACACCAUCCCAACCGUGAAGCACGGGGGUGGCAGCAUCAUGCUGUGUGGGUGCUUUGCUGCAGGAGGGACUGGUGCACUUCACAAAAUAGAUGGCAUCAUGAGGAAGGACAAUUAUGUGGAUAUAUUGAAGCAACAUCUCAAGACAUCAGUCAGGAAGUUAAAGCUUGGUCGCAAAUGGGUCUUCCAAAUGACCCCAAGCAUACUUCCAAAGUUGUGGCAAAAUGGCUUAACGACAACAAAGUCAAGGUAUUGGAGUGGCCAUCACAAAGCCGUGACCUCAAUCCUAUAGAAAAUGUGUGGGCAGAACUGAAAAAGCGUGUGCGAGCAAGGAGGCCUACAAACCUGACUCAGUUACACCAGCUCUGUCAGGAGGAAUGGGCCAAAAUUCACCCAAUUUAUUGUGGGAAGCUUGUGGAAGGCUACCCGAAACGUUUGACCCAAGUUAAACAAUUUAAAGACAAUGCUACCAAAUACUAAUUGAGUGUAUGUAAACUUCUGACCCACUGGGAAUGUGAUGAAAUAAAUAAAAGCUGAAAUAAACCAUUCUCUCUACUAUUAUUAUGGCAUUUCACAUUCUUAAAAUAAAGUGGUGAUCCUAACUGACCUAAGACAGGGAAUUUUUACUAGGAUUAAAUGUCAGGAAUUGUGAAAAACUGAGUUUAAAUGUAUUUGGCUAAGGUGUAUGUAAACUUCCGACUUCAACUGUACAUGUUGAUUGAUUUAGAUUUUUCAGGUCUAGAAUACAGGUGUGAGAUCUUAAUUUGACCAGUUUUGUCACUGGAGUAAAAUAAUCCUGCAGCAGGAGGAAUUGAUUAAACAUAAAUAGAAAAAUAAUUAAUUUCUAAAGGGAAAUUAGUUUUGAUAGGUUACAUUAGGCUAUGGUUUAGGUGAAGCCUACGGGAUAUACUUAUGUGUCGUAGUGGAGACCAAUAUAUCUAUCUUGUGUUAUUAAAGAGUAGGAAGCAUUCGUUUUUACUCACCAAAGUAACAACACUGUGUGGUCAAAGACUUAGUAACUUAGUUGUAGUCACGAUCUGGUUACCUAUAACUACAAACAUAGUGUUUUUACAUACAGUGAGGGAAAAAUGUAUUUGAUCCCCUGCUGAUUUUGUACGUUUGCCCACUGACAAAGACAUGAUCAGUCUAUAAUUUUAAUGGUAGGUUUAUUUGAACAGUGAGAGACAGAAUAACAACAAAAAAAUCCAGAAAAACGCAUGUCAAAAAUGUUAUAAAUUUGAUUUGCAUUUUAAUGAGGGAAAUAAGUAUUUGACCCCUCUGCAAAACAUGACUUAGUACUUGGUGGCAAAACCCUUGUUGGCAAUCACAGAGGUCAGACGUUUCUUGUAGUUAGCCACCAGGUUUGCACACAUCUCAGGAGGGAUUUUGUUCCACUCCUCUUUGUAGAUCUUCUCCAAGUCAUUAAGGUUUUGAGCCUGAUGUUUGGCAACUCGAACCUUCAGCUCCCUCCACAGUUUUCUAUGGGAUUAAGGUCUGGAGACUGGCUAGGCCACUCCAGGACCUUAAUGUGCCUCUUCUUGAGCCACUCCUUUGUUGCCUUGGCCGUGUGUUUUGGGUCAUUGUCAUGCUGGAAUACCCAUCCACGACCCAUUUUCAAUGCCCUGGCUGAGGGAAGGAGGUUCUCACCCAAGAUUUGACAGUACAUGGCCCCGUCCAUCGUCCCUUUGAUGCAGUGAAGUUGUCCUGUCCCCUUAGCAGAAAAACACCCCCAAAGCAUAAUGUUUCCAUCUCCAUGUUUGACGGUGGGGAUGGUGUUCUUGUGGUCAUAGGCAGCAUUCCUCCUCCUCCAAACACGGCGAGUUGAGUUGAUGCCAAAGAGCUCGAUUUUGGGCUCAUCUGACCAAAACACUUUCACCCAGUUCUCCUCUGAAUCAUUCAGAUGUCCAUUGGUAAACUUCAGACGGGCCUGUAUAUGUGCUUUCUUAAGCUGGGGGACCUUGCGGGCGCUGCAGGAUUUCAGUCCUUCACGGCAUAGUGUGUUACCAAUUGUUUUCUUGGUGACUAUGGUCCCAGCUGCCUUGAGAUCAUUGACAAGAUCCUCCCGUGUAGUUCUGGGCUGAUUCCUCACCGUUCUCAUGAUCAUUGCAACUCCACGAGGUGAGAUCUUGCAUGGAGCCCCAGGCCGAGGGAGAUUGACAGUUAUUUUGUGUUUCUUCCAUUUGCGAAUAAUCGCACCAACUGUUGUCAGCUUCUCACCAAGCUGCUUCGCGAUGGUCUUGUAGCCCAUUCCAGCCUUGUGUAGGUCUACAAUCUUGUCCCUGACAUCCUUGUAGAGCUCUUUGGUCUUGGCCAUGGUGGAGUGUUUGGAAUCUGAUUGAUUGAUUGCUUCUGUGGACAGGUGUCUUUUAUACAGGUAACAAACUGAGAUUAAGAGCACUCCCUUUAAGAGUGUGCUCCUAAUCUCAGCUCGUUACCUGUAUAAAAGACACCUGGGAGCCAGAAAUCUUUCUGAUUGAGAGGGGGUCAAAUACUUAUUUCCCUCAUUAAAAUUCAAAUCAAUUUAUAACAUUUUGGACAUGCGUUUUUCUGGAUUUUUUUGUUGUUAUUCUGUCUCUCACUGUUCAAAUAAACCUACCAUUAAAAUUAUAGACUGAUCAUUUCUUUGUCAGUGGGCAAACAUACAAAAUCAGCAGGGGAUCAAAUACUUAUUUCCCUGUAUUUACUAACUUAUUUCCGGAUAUCUUCGGAACGACCCACAAUGCACUAUUUCUCAACGUCAUAUGGCGAACUGGUGCUACCUAGCUAGUUCCAGCUGGCUAACGUUAGCUACUAGCCAUGCUAGCAUGUAAUUGCAUUCCAAACCAAGUGUUGGUGCUGGUGAGCUACUAUAUACAUUCACAAAGAAGAAACCAUACUGAUUAAUGCUAAAAAACUUGUUGGUUGAAGCGAGCAGAUUGGCUAAGGGAACUGCAUAUACCGGUAACAUUAUUUGAUAACUGGUUAGCUGUUGUUAUGUAUUUCCAAAACUGUGGUUUACUUUAAUGUAGCUGUAACCUAGGUGUUGAUAGCAACUGGCUGACUCACGCAGUGCUAACGUAAAGUUAGCAGGCUAGUUGGCUAGCAACCUUGCAAUCUGAUUUUUAACAAUCAAUUCAUAAAGUAUUUGCUUGUAAAUUAGCUGAAAAUGUAAUUUAAACCAGUACUUAUGAGUGCAUUUGAUUCAGUUUAAUUUGAAGUUAUACAUUUUAAAUUAUUUCUGUUGGAGUUGACAUUGGAGGGAAUGGCUUGCCGGUUCCUCCAUAUUACGUCACACCAAGUAAAUGUUUUUUCCGGCAUUCUUCGUAAUUCUGAUCAGUUUUAUGUAAUAACUAGAAAAAUAGACAAGUUAGGUGUAACUUUGCAUUGGGACUUUUGAUGCUUAAUCUAAUGCAAAUCCACAUAUUACAUGUGGUUACGUUUAUGCUACCUACCCUUUCAUCUAUAUAAAACGACAGUUGUUGAUGUAUGGCAGCAAUUUAGAUACAUUUUUGAAUGUAGUAGGACAUUUAUUCUGUCUGGUGCUUUAGCGUUUGAUCGAGAGAGGAGAACUGCGGGGGUUCAGUGAAUUUAUGUAAAUCACAAGGCCCAUUUGAAUUUCCUGUGGCAGAGUGAUCAAAUUAUGAUAGUUUAAUUUGCACUUUUUGAGAGUCACCUAAAUCAAGACAUAAGUCUAAAAUGCUAAUCAAACCCUGAAAUAUAUACAUUUAUAUUCUGUUUAUUUUGGCAGCACCAUUUCACCAGGUCAUUCCUGGUACAUUUCAAUGUACUUCGAAGCUAAAGGUGAUUCUGAAAUCUUCAUCUUGUGAUGGAGUCAGAAUAAUAAAUCUGACAUAAUUCAUCAAGGUGUUGUCUAGCCUGGUUCCAGAACUGUUUGCUCUGUCUUAUCAACUCCAGUGGGACAGAGACCAUAGGAGAUUGCAGGACAGCACAAACAUAUCUGGGACCAGGUUUUGUCAGAGUCCAAGGCAUGUAAUUUAAUGUAAGCCAUGUGUAUGGACAAUGGAUGAAUCAGGCCCAUGAGCACACCCACAAAGCAUCUUUACCAUAGUCUGGGGAGCCAGGCUUUAAGAGCCAGGUGGAGGGGCAGGGUCUUUAUAGACCGCACUAAAAAAGCUGAAUAAACACAGCGCGCUAAGAUCUUUCAAUAGCCAUUAACUUAGCAAAAUAAACGGCCUCAAGUAUUCCUCAAAUCUUUACCAGUACAGUAAAAAAUAUGCUGUGCCUCGUUAGGCGUGCCACAGUAUGGGGGGCUCUUAAAGAUGAGGGUCUAAGCCCUUGCCCUCCUGCCCUUCCCCCAUCUUGGCUACAUGUACUGUGGAGUUUUAGGUCAGUUAGGGAUGAUGUACUGUUCUGAGAUUGAUUAGUCAUUCUUUGAUUUAUUUCAAACAUGCGUUGCAUCUGGUUAUUAGGCUAUUUAAAUGAUGUAUGAAACAACAUCACAAUGUCAAGGACUGAGGUCAUUGUAGCAAGCGUCCAUGACAUUACCCAAAGAGGAUGUCAUGGGUUUGGGAAUGGAAGGCAAAUGAUUAGUUGGCCAACUUGGGCAUCAGUUGUAUAUGUGGUCCUUUGUGACUCAGUUGGUAGAGCAUGACGCUUGCAACGCCAAGGUUCGAUUCCCAUGGGGGACUAGUACGAAAAAAGUAUGAAAAUGUAUGCACUCACUACUGUAAGUUGCUCUGGAUAAGAGCGUCUGCUAAAUGACUAAAAUGUAAAAUAUAUUAGCUAUUUGUGGCAUUCAAUUUAAAAUAAUGAAUAACUGAUCUGUAAAUGAGUAUCCCCUUUGUCUUUCCAGUGAGAAUGAAGCUCUGUGGAGGGAGGUGGCCAGCCUCAGACAGAAACACGCCCAGCAACAGAAAGUCGUCAACAAGGUAAAAGACAGUCACGGUACCUGCCACUGCUCUGACCACGCAGAACAUGUGGUUGGCUCUUCUAUGCUAUGGAAACAUAGUAAUUCAUGUGAUAACACGUGGACCUUUGUAGCUCAGUUGGUAAAGCAUGGCGCUUGUAACGCUAGGGUAGUGGGUUCGAUUCCACCCAUACUUAAAAUGUAUGUACGCAUGACUGCAAGUCGCUUUGGAUAAAAGCGUCUGCUAAAUGGCAUAUAUACUCAGCAAAAAAAGAAACGUCCUCUCACUGUCAACUGCGUUUAUUUUCAGCAAACUUAACAUGUAAAUAUUUGUAUGAACAUAACAAGAUUCAACAACUGAGACAAACUGAACAAGUUCCACAGACAUGUGACUAAUAGAAAUUGAAUAAUGUGUCCCUGAACAAAGGGGGGUUCAAAAUCAAAAGUAACAGUCAGUAUCUGGUGUGGCCACCAGCUGCAUUAAGUACUGCAGUGCAUCUCCUCCUCAUGGACUGCACCAGAUUUGCCAGUCCUUGCUGUGAAAUGUUACCCCACUCUUCCACCAAGGAUGUACCGAUCCUGUGCAGGUGUUGUUACACUUGGUCUGCCACUGCGAGGACGGUCAGUUGUCCGUCCUGUCUCCCUUUAGCGCUGUGUUAGGCGUCUCACAGUAUGGACAUUGCAAUGUAUUGCCCUGGCCACAUCUACAGUCCUUAUGCCUCCUUGCAGCAUGCCUGAGGCACAUUCACGCAUAUGAGCAGGGACCCUGGGCAUCUGUCUUUUGGUGUUUUUCAGAGUCAGUAGAAAGGCCUAUAUAGUGUCCUAAGUUUGCAUAAAUGUGACCUUAAUUGCCUGCCGUCUGUAAGCUGUUAGUGUCUUAACGACCGUUCCACAGGUGCAUGUUCAUUAAUUGCUUAUGGUUCAUUGAACAAGCAUGGGAAACAAUGAAGAUUUGUGAAGUUAUUUGGAUUUUUACAAAUUAUAUUUGAAAGACAGGGUUCUGAAAAAGGGACGUUUCUUUUUUUUGCUUAGUUUAUAUAUUAAAACACUUGGAAUGUGUCCUAGACUUUUUUGUAUGUCAUCGUCAAUGAUUUAGAAUGUGUGUACUGCAGGGAUUUUUCUGCCAUUGAAAUCCUUAGGCGGGCCACCUAAGCAUUUAUUUCCUUUUUAUUUUUAUAUUUUAUAAACGAUACAAAACAUACACAUACAAACGAUAACAUCAUAGAAACAUCAACUACAUCACACCUGCCCAGACCCACUAGCACACCCCCCAAACAUCUCCAGCGCCAGCAUCACUUUCCGCCACAUGGCCUGAAACUGCACCUUUUUUUUUGUUCCGUAGCCUACGCACUUUAAAUAUUGAAAUAAUAAAUCAUUCGAUUUUUCCAUUGUGUUAAUGAUGGCGGAUUGAUUGAUUUCCACGUUUUUAGUAUACGUUUUUUCAAGAUGAGUGAUAAGAAGAGAAUCGUUCAACCCAUCGGGUAUCUCACUACACCCCCAUAUGCCAUGUCUUGAAAUAUGCAGACAGACGGAUUAAAAGUAAGUUUACAUUGUAAUACUUUUGACAGCCAACUUUCUAGCUCCGUCCCACAACUUCCGGACAUUAUAGCAUUCCCAGAGAGCAUGGAUUAUUGAGUCAAAUAAGAUUCCCUCAAGGUUGCUCUGAUGUCCAAAACAUUUCUAAUCGAAAUGUUGUGAUAUGUAACUUUUAUGUUGCAUGUAUUUGAAACAAUCAACAUUGGUCAGUCCCUUUUGAAUUCUGACAUGGAAAUAAAUGUAUUUCCUCUUACCAAGUCAUUUACAGUUUCUAUGCCUUUACAGUGGCUUGCGAAAGUAUUCACCACUUUUGGCUUUUUUCCUAUUUUGUUGCCUUACAAUCUGGAAUUAAAAUGGAUUUUUGGGGGGUUUGUAUCAUUUGAUUUACACAGCAUGCCUACCACUUUGAAGAUGCAAUUUUUUUUGUUUUUUUGUUAAACGAACAAGAAAUAAGACAAAAAAAACAAGAACUUGAGCAUGCAUAACUAUUCACCCCCCCACCUUUUUCAGCAAUUACAGCUGAAAGUCUUUCGGGGUAUGUCUCUAUAAGCUUGGCACAUCUAGCCACUGUGAUUUUUGCCCAUUCUUUAAGGCAGAACUGCUCCAGCUCCUUCAAGUUGGAUGGGUUCCGCUGGUGUACAGCAAUCUUUAAGUCAUAGCACAGAUUCUCAAUUGUAAAAAUCUCUGGGCUUUGACUAGGCCAUUCCAAGACAUUUAAAUGUUUCCCCUUAAACCACUCAAGUGUUGCUUUAGCAGUAUGCUUAGGGUCAUUGUCCUGCUGGAAGGUGAACCUCCGUCCCAGUCUCAAAUCUCUGGAAGACUGAAAGAGGUUUCCCUCAAGAAUUUCCCUGUAUUUAGCACCAUCCAUCAUUCCUUCAAUUCUGACCAGUUUCCCAGUCCCUGCUGAUGAUAAACAUCUCCACAGCAUGAUGCUGCCACCACCAUGCUUCACUGUGGGGAUGGUGUUCUCGGAGUGAUGAGAGGUGUUGGGUUUGCACCAGACAUAGCAAAGGGGGUGAAUACAUAUGCACGAACCACUUUUAGUUAUUAAUUUUUUUAAUUUCAGGUUCACCAAUUUGGACUAUUUUGUUUAUGUCCAUUACAUGAAAUCCAAAUAAAAAUCGAUUUAAAUUACAGGUUGUAAUUCAACAAAAUAGGAAAAACGCCACGGGUGAUGAAUACUUUUGUAAGGCACUGUAGUUUUCCAUGUAGAACAAUUUAUUGCUGAAUUCUGAAAAGCUAUCCAAGGAUUGUUCCAUAAGGUUGUGUUUUUAGUAAGUGAUAUUGGUUCUUGUAGAAUACAUUUCAUUUUCGUCUAUAUUGUUAUAGGUGUUUUAACUAUGAAGUUGUUAAUGUUCUUAGCUUUAUCCUUUGAAAAUAGACACGUAACAAUAUUAUUGGGAUGAGCAUCCGCAUCUUCAAUAUGUACCCAUUGUUCCUCUUUAGUGCGUUUAACUACAUGCCUUGGGUAGCGAGUUGAUACAAUUCCAAAUCUGCUAAAACCACCGUCAGACUCAGGAAGUCUUUCCUUUUAUUCUAUACAUUUUAUUUGACCAUAUAAAGUCUGUUAUAACCUCCAAACAGUGAAGAAGAAAUAUAUAUAUAUACACACUACCAUUCAAGAGUUUGGACACACCUACUCAUUCAAGGGUUUUUCUUUAUUUUUACUAUUUUCUACAUUGUAGAAUAAUAGUGAAGACAUCAAAACUAUGAAAUAACACAUAUGUAGUAACCAAAAAAGUGUUAAACAAAUCAGAAUAUAUUUUAUAUUUGAGAUUCUUCAGAUAGCCCUAUUUAUGGCAAGAACAGCUCAAAUAAGCAAAGAGAAAUGACUGUCCAUUACUUUAAGACAUGAAGGUCAGUCAAUACGGAACAUUUCAAGAACUUUGAAAGUUUCUUCAAGUGCAGUCGCAAAAACCUUCAAGCGAAAUGACGAAACUGGCUCUCAUGAGGACCGCCACAGAAAUGGAAGACCAAGAGUUACCUCUGCUGCAGAGGAUAAGUUCAUUAGAGUUACCAGCCUCAGAAAUUGCAGCCCAAAUAAAUGCUUCACAGAGUUCAAGUCACAGACACAUCUCAACAUCAACUGUUCAGAGGGAAUCAGGCCUUCAUGGUCGAAUUGCUGCAAAGAAACCACUACUAAAGGACACCAAUAAGACGAGACCUGCUUGGGCCAUGAAACACGAGCAAUUGACGUUAGACCUUUGGUCUGGAGUCCAAAUUCCCACCGUAAAGCAUGGAGGAGGAGGUGUUAUGAUGUGGGGGGCUUUGCUGGUGACACUGUCUGUGAUUUAUUUAGAAUUCAAGGCACACUUAAUCAGCAUGACUACCACAGCAUUUUGCAGCAAUACGCCAUCCCAUCUGGUUUGCUCUUAGUGGGACUAUCAUUUGUUUUUCAACAGGACAAUGACCCAACACACCUCCAGGCUGUGUAAGGGCUAUUUUACCAAGAAGGAGAGUGAUGGAGUGCUGCAUCAGAUGACCUGGCCUCCGCAAUCCCCUGACCUCAACCAAAUUCAGAUGUUUUGGGAUGAGUCAGACCGCAGAGUGAAGGAAAAGCAGCCAACAAGUGCUAAGCAUAUGUGGGAACUCCUUCAAGACUGUUGGAAAAGAAGGCACACCUGUUAAUUGAAAUGCAUUCCAAAUGACUACCUCAUGAAGCUGGUUGAGAGAAUGCCAAGAGUGGCAAAGCUGUCGUCAAGGCAAAGGGUGGCUAUUUGAAGAAUCUCAAAGAGUGAUUGAGUUUAACACUUUUUUGGUUACUACAUGAUUCCAUAUGUGUUAUUUCAUAGUUUUGAUGUCUUCACUAUUAUUCUACGAUAAGAAACUCUGGAAUGAGUAGGUGUGUCCAAACUUUUACUGGUACUGUAUAUGUAUAUAAAGUAUGUAGAAAUGAUAAUGGAGCUAUAUAUUUUUUGAUAAUAUCAUCUUUGAGAACAUACAAUCACCAAAAUAAAAGCUAGACUGUCAAGGAGAAUUUGGAAUUUUUUAAACAAUGAAUUUGAAAUUAUGUUUGAGCAAAAGACCACAGCAUUAGCCAUGGCAAAAUGCAUAGAAUUGCAGGAAAUUCGCUUUAAAACUACAAAGAUUUCUCUCAGCCUCAUGGAGAAAUUUGUAGAAUUGCAGGAAGUUGGCUUAAAAAUGGCAAAAACUUCUCUAAACCUCCAAGAUGGGGGGUCAGAAAAAAAUUGCCCCACCUUUUUGAUCCAGAAAAAAACCCUGUGAUGACAUUGCAUUGGUGUCUGGGUGUAUAUGUAUAAUUUUAAUUGUCUAAUAAAUCAGCCAAUCAUCUCCUGCUAACUUGAGCUGGGACGAUAAACCGAACAUUGACACAGACCAUACCAACCAUUUAUCGAGGACAUUUAACUGAUAUCGAUAAUAAGUAGCUAGAGAAAUGUAUACUACAGAAAUUUGAAUUUUUUAAUUAAAUAAGUCUGAUAAUAUGGGCUAUUGCUAACGGUUCAAUUGAUAGUUAAAGCAUUCAAAGUAUUAGUAGAUGUACGGCAAUAUGCAAAGGUAGGCUAACGGUGCACAUUAAUGUUAUACAUUUAUAGUUCUAUUUAUUGUUAUCGUGGUAAUUCAGUCAAUUUAUGUUGAAAUUUGCCAAUAUUGUCCUGCUCUACUGCUAACUGUGUCUGUCUCCCACAGCUCAUCCAGUUCCUAGUGACCCUGGUGCAGUCCAACAGAGUCCUGGGGAUGAAGAGAAAGAUGCAAGUAUUUUGGAUAGCUACCGCACAUUCAAUCAAAUAGUGAACCAGUAAAGGGUUGUGUGUGUUUGACUCGUCUUCUGUCUCCUCUCUAUGGAACUACUAAAGUCCCCUGAUGCUGAAUGACAGCAGCUCCACCCACUCCUUGCCCAAGUUCAGCAGGCAGUACUCUCUGGAACACCUUCAGGCCUCGCUGCAGGGCUCGCCUGCUAUCUCUGUGAGUUCAGCAUCACCGGGAACCUAGCCAAGCUUGGCACCUCCCUGUGGUAGAAGUGGAACUCAGGCUGAGUGAAUUCACAGUUGAUGUUAUUGCUUACAGCUGUACUUUACAAUUGAGUUAUGAUAUGGACAACUUGAUUUGUAAGGCAUGUUUUGAUGUAGGCUAGUGAGGUAAGUGCACAGAAAUGUGACAUUCUCCAGAAAAGACUUCAUCAAUAUUAUCACAGAUGGCUAAUUCAUAUCUCAGACAUGAGGACACUUUUUAAGUUUAUUGGUCUCUUAACCAGACAGAGGUUAGCUAGUAUAUUCAGAGGUGUGGUCGCUGGAGCGCCACUAAGAAAGGUGUAAUGUUAUUGAGCCUGUGUUACGCAACUGAUCUUGUUAGAGGGCCUCCCGAGUGGUGCAGCGGUCUAAGGCACUGCAUCGCAGUGCUAGAGGCGUAUAUACAGACCCGUGUUCGAUCCCAGGCCAUGACCGGGAGACUCAUGAGGCGGCGCACAAUUGGCCCAGCGUCGUACGGGUUAGGGGAGGGUUUGGCCGGCCAGGAUGUCCUUGUCCCAUCGCGCUCUAGCGACUCCUUGUGGGCGGGCCGGGCGCAUGCACGCUGACUUCGGUCGCCAGCUGUACGGUGUUUCCUCCGACACAUUGGUGUGGCUGGCUUCUGGGUUAAGCGAGCAGUGUGUCAAGAAGCAGUGUGGCUUGGCAGGGUCGUGUUUCGGAGGACGCAUGGCUCUCGACCUUCGCCUCUCCCGUAUGGGAGUUGCAGCGAUGGGACAAGACUGUAACUACCAAUUUGAUAUCACGAAAUUGGGGAGAAAAAAGGGGUAAAAGUACAAACAAAAAAAUGAUCUUGUUAGGAUGUCAGGGCAGCUUUAGUAUGCAUGUGAAUGUGUGUCAUCUUCCCAGGCCUCGGGCGCACCAUUCACCAGUACCGGUCUCUUCACGGCGGAGCCGUCUCUUAACAACGGCCCCAUAAUCUCUGACGUCACCGACCUGGCACAGGCCAGCCCUGUGGAGGUCACCAAUGAGUGGAUAGAGGAAAGGUUAGGUUUCAACUGUUAAAUGUGUUUUGUUUUUUUAUUUAAAAAAUCUACUUUUCUUUCCUGACCACAUGACCUGACCAAGAAAUCCUCUAGCAACUAAGGCAUCAUCAACUAGAUUUUCUCUUGAGCGGAUGGUCAGGGGGCAGAAACAUAAUUACAAAUAAUUUGAAGACUGUAAAUUGACAGCAAGAAGAAGUCAUAUCUCUCUAUUUUCCGUGGGAAUACUUUGGAACCGAUUUCCAAAAUUAAAAUCACUUUGAGCUGAUUUGGUCAAAAAAUCACCCGCGGGUCGCCAGUUGGGGAAACCUCAACUAAGGUUUUUCCUAGGCAAGUCAGGUGGUCAGGAUUCAGGAACAACUCCUGACCCCAUACCAACUAUCCAUGAAUUAACAAAAUGACCCCAUUUCUCUUCCUGUCUUCAGCACGAGCCCAUUGGUUCACAUAAAGGAGGAGCCGUCCAGUCCUGUGUUGGAGGAGGUGUGUCCGGCCGAGGCUGUAAUCGGGGGGGCAGGAGUCCAGGUAGACACGCCCCUGUCCCCCAUCACCUUCAUCAACUCCAUCCUGCAGGAGAGCAAUGAGCCUAACGCACCCCCCGCCCCAGCGACCCCUACGGAGCAGAAGUGUCUCAGCCUCGCCUGUCUAGACAAGUGAGUGAUCCCCAGAUGACGUCCCGCUGCCAGUCUGUCCCUCAGACCCUCCCACCUAGCACAGGUCAACAGAUAUGAGCCUAAUUCUCCCCUUCUACACUCAAGUGUUCAUUUGUUCACGUCUCCUUAAAGGAUUCCUUGUAAAUCUAAGUGGCUAUAACACACCGCGGCGACAGCAAGCGAUAUGAAGGCCACCCACUGCUUUUCACUGUUCAUCAUCACAGUGUUUCCAUAGCUUAAGAUCCACUUGCAUCACACAAGCCUUUCAUUGCGUUGAUAAUCAGUCGUCCUAUGUCAGUAGAUGUCUACAGCUAGCCUAUUGCCCUAUGCUUCUCCCCAUACUCCACCAUCUCUGUGUGUAUCACGUCACAUUGCAUCAAGAGGAUGUGCUAGUGAUUUCAAAGCAGCUCAUCCACUGAUGUACAGUUAAGACAGCCGUUAGCGCUUUAUGCUAGUUUAAUACGCACCAUCAUUCAACAGGCUCUACAUAAACAACCCACUGGCCUGUCUCUAGUUUUGCUAAGUAUACACUUCAAAGGCUAAUUAUUUUAAACCGAACAUGGAUUCGUUGGCGUUUUAGACAUAGUUCUGUUGAUUUGUUGCAUUUCAUCUUGGCUUUUUAGUUUUAGGAUCCUGGCUGUUGCUACUAACUGUACAUAAAAAGUUACUUGCCAUUUAAUCAAACUAAUGCAUACUGUAAAUCUUAAUCUACUGUACUUCAGAUGCAUAGAUUUAUUGAAAUAGAUUUAUGGGCUUGCAAUACAUCAGACAGAGAAAUGCAGUUUUCAAUUUUUUUUUACAUAUUUUUAUUUUUUCCUUUCUUGAUGUUGUCUCAGUCAUUGACUUCUGUGUCACUGUUGAGAUUAGUUAAAUGUAUUUAUUUUCUAGAAAUCUUACUCUGAUAGAAUAUAUGGAACCUAGACUGUACGUUACAUAUAGUGCCUUCAGAAAGUAUUCACACCCCUUUACUUUUUCCAUAUUUUGUUGUGUUACAAAGGGGGAUUAAAAUUGAUUUAAUUGUCAACGAUCUACACAAAAUACUCUUGUCAAAGUGGAAGAAAAAAUUCAAACAUUUAUUGAAGAUUAAUGAAAAAUAAAACACUAAUAUAGCUUGAUUAGAAAAGUAUACACCCCCCUGAGAAAAAACAUGUUAGAAUCACCUUUGGCAGCGAUUUAAAGCUGUGAGUAUUUUUAGGUAAGUCUUUAAGAGCUUUCCACACCUGGAUUGUACAAUAUUUGCCCAUUAUUAUUUUUUGAAUUCUUCAAGCACUGUCAAAUUGGUUGUUGAUCAUUGCUAGAAAGCUAUUUUUAAGUCUUGCCAUAGAUUUUAAGGCAAUUUUUGUCAGAACUGUAACUAGGCCACUCGGGAACAUUCAAUGUUGUCUUGUUAAGUAACUCCUGUGUAUAUUUGGCCUUGUGUUUUAGGUUGUCGUGCAGAAAAGUGAACUUGUCUCCCAGUGUCUGUUGGAAAUCAGACUGAACCAGGUUUUCCUCUAGGAUGUUGCCUGUGCUUAGCUGUAUUCCAUUUCUUUUUAUCCAAAAAAAAACUCCAUAAUCCUUGCCGAUGACAAGCAUACCCAUAGCAUGAUGCAGGUACCAGAAUGCUUGAAAAUAUGAAGAGUGGUACUCAGUGAUGUGUUGGGUUUUUCACAAACAUAAAGCUUUGUAUUCAGGACAUAAAGUUCAUUUCUUUGCCACAUUAUUUGCAGUAUUACUUAAGUGCCUUGUUGCAAACAGGAUGCAUGUUUUGGAAUAUUUGUAUUCUGUACAGGCUUCCUUCUUUUCACUCUGUCAUUUAGGUUAGUAUUGUGGCGUAACUACAAUGUUGUUGAUCCAUUUCUCAUCACAACCAUCAAACUCUAGAUGUUUUAAAAUCACCAUUGGCCUCAUGGUGAAAUCCCUGAGCAGUUUCCUUCCUCUCCGUCAACUAAAUUAGGAAGGACGCCGGUAUCUUUGUAGUGACUGGGUGUAUUGAUACACCUACCAAAGCCUAAUUAAGAACUUCACCAUGCUCAAAGGGAUAUUCAGUGUGUUUACACAUCUACCAAUCAGUGCCCUUCUUUGCGAGGCUUUGAAAAAAAACUCCCUGGUCUUUUUGGUUGAAUCUGUGUUUGAAAUGAACUGCUCGAUUGAGGGACCUUACAGUGUGGGGUACAGAGAUGAGGUAGUCAUUCAAAAAUGAUCUUAACCACUAUGAUUGAACACAUAAUGAGUCCAUGCAACAUAUUGUGUGAUUUCUUAAGCACAUUUUUACUCCUGAACUUAUUUAGGCUUGCCAUAACAAAGGGGUUGAAUACUUUUCAGCUUUUCAUUUUUUAAUUAAUUUUGUAAACGUUCUACAAACAAAAUUCCACUUUGACAUUAUGGGGUAUUUUGUGAAGAUCAGUGACACAAAAUCUAAAUGUAAUCAAUUUUAAAUUCAGGCUGUAACAACAACAUUUUGAAAAAGUAAAGGAGUGUAAAUACUUUCUGAAGGCACUGUAUGUUGUGGCUUAAUUCCUUUUUAAACCAGCAGCCAGUCAACGUCCCUCUUCCUGUGGUCCCGAUGCCCCUUAUCAGAGAUCUGUAUAUAAUGACGAGAUGCUCAUGUCUCCGCCCUAACAAUGGGAGUCGUCGUCAAACCUAGGUCCAAAAUAAGCCCAUAGAAACACAUUGAGCUUAUUUUGGACAGAUUUUGGCAAGAGUGGAAACCUCUUGCUUCGCCUCUUCCUCUCUGCCCUUAUUCUUAUUUUCAGCCAAUGAGAAGCAGAGUAGCCCAUGUGAUCCCCAUCCCUGGGCUGUAAUCGACCUAUGGGGUGCAGUGUGUAGUAGUGCUCUGAUCUCCUCUCUCUCCAGCUGUUGUGCUUCUAUCUUUUCAGUUCUACACAGAUGUCAGAGGUCUCUCGCCUCUUCCCCAGCCCCUCCUCAUCUCUACACCUCAGACCUCACCCAGGGUUAGCAUUUCAGUUGGCCCACAAACCCUGUUGUGUUGUCCUCCCCCCAGAACUCUUGAUUGACGCUGCUGCCUGUACCUGACAUUGCCACCAGCAACAAGCCCAGAAAACUAACUGUCAAGCCCGUGUGUAAUCAGAGAAAUGAACAAAGUGAUUUGUGUGUCUAUAUUGAGUAAAUAUAUUAAAUCAGUCAUUAUUGCGUAUAAUUUACCCUAUCCGUGGAUGUGACAACCUGUACUCUUGGUCUACAAAAGGAUAGUGCUUCUCAGUAUUUGAUAGUUCUCAGUAUUUGGCACCAACUGAGAGCAUAAUUGUUGAUUAUUGAUAAUGUUUUGAACACACACAGGCUUGAAAAAACAGCUGAUUCUGCAUGUUUUGUCCAAAUGUUUAUCUAACUGCAUACCGCUCAACCCUGAAGGCUACCCUCCAUUUAGGUCAAAGGUCAAUCAUUCUGUGAGUGGGUUUUAAUGUGGCAGGCCCAGUGAACUGUAGGCGAAAGGCAGACUAUUCCAGGUUCUGGGGAUUAGGCUCACAACUCGGUGAUUGUGUGGCCCACUCUGCGCUGUUCCAAUAGCUUCUGUUGCUCAUAUCAAAUGAGUUGUGUUGGGUGAUUUUACUACCAUUCGUUUUAAACGGCUCAUUUGCUUUAAUGCGUGUGUUUAGUCAGGCAGAUCUUCAGAGACGUAUAAAUAUGAACCAUGUUUUGUUUUUUUGGUGUAGGAGUGAGCUGAGUGACCAUUUGGACAGCAUCGACAAUGGCCUGGAAAACCUCCAGACUAUCCUAAACGCGCAGUCCAUCAAUUUCGAGUCCUCACCCCUCUUUGAAGUAAGUUGUGCCUUAUUCAUAGCCUGAUCCCAGAUCUAUUUGUGACAGAUUGACUUCAGGCUAUGUUUUUCUGUCCCAACAACCAGCAUUUGCUGUGUGGGACACUGACUGGUCAAAUAAGAAUGUGCAGUGAGGUUUGUCACUGCAUUUCUAGGUGACAGGGUGUGUUUUAAAGGGACUGUGGCUUUGUUUUUUGUGAGGUGACCGUGACUACACAGAUGGAAAAAUGAAACUAAAAAAAGUUUAUGGUUUGUGUACACUGGUUUUACAAAACAUUAGGAUGUUUCUCUGACAUAGACUGACCAGGUGAAUCCAGGUGAAAGCUGUGAUCUCUUAUUGAUGUCACUUGUUAAAUCCACUUCAAUCAGUGUAGAUGAAGGGGAGGAGACAGGUUAAAGAAGGAUUUUUAAGCCUUGAGACAAUUGAGAUAUGGAUUGUGUAUGUGUACCAUUCAGAUGGUGAAUGGGCAAGACAAUAGAUGUACAGUUGAAGUCGGAAGUUUACAUACACCUUAGCCAAAUACACAGCCCCCAGCUGUGCCCUGGAUACCAUAUGUGAAUUGAUUGCCCCCCCAUUUAUCCUCAGAGUUCGUACUGCUUGGUGACCUAAAUUGGGAUAUGCUUAACACCCCGGCCAUCCUACAAUCCAAACUAGAUGCCCUCAAUCUCACACAAAUUUUCAACGAACCUACCAGGUACAACCCUAAAUCCGUAAACAUGGGUACCCUCAUAGAUAUCAUCCUGACUAACUUACCCUCUAAAUACACCUCCGCUGUCUUCAACCAGGAUCUCAGCGAUCACUGCCUUAUUGCCUGCGUCCGUAACGGGUCCGCGGUCAAACGACCACCCCUCAUCACUGUCAAACGCUCCCUAAAACACUUUAGCGAGCAGGCCUUCCUAAUUGACCUGGCCCAGGUAUCCUGGAUGGAUAUAGAUCUCAUUCCGUCAGUAGAGGAUGCCUGGUUGUUCUUUAAAAGUAAUUUCCUCUCAAUCUUAAAUAAACAUGCCCUAUUCAAAAAAUACAGAACUAAGAACCGAUAUAGCCCCUGGUUCUCCUCAGACUUGACUGCCCUUGACCAGCACAAAAACAUCCUGUGGCGUACUGCAUUAGCAUCAAAUAGCUCCCGCGAUAUGCAACUUUUCAGGGAAGUCAGGAACCAAUAUACACAAUCAGUUAGGAAAGCAAAGGCUAGCUUUUUCAAACAGAAAUGUGCAUCCUGUAGCACUAACUCCAAAAAGUUUUGGGACACUGUAAAGUCCAUGGAGAAUAAGAGCACCUACUCCCAGCUGCCCACUGCACUGAGGCUAGGAAACACUAUCACCACCGAUAAAUCUACAAUAAUCGAGAAUUUCAACAAGCAUUUUGCUACGGCUGGCCAUGCUUUCCACCUGGAUACCACUACCCCGGCCACCAGCUCUGCACCCCCCCGCUUCUCCUUCACACAAAUUCAGACAGCUGAUGUUCUGAAAGAGCUGAAAAAUCUGGACCCCUACAAAUCAUCUGGGCUAGACAAUCUGGACCCUUUCUUUCUAAAACUAGCCGCCGAAAUUGUCGCAACCCCUAUUACUCGCCUGUUCAACCUCUCUUUCGUAACGUCUGAGAUCCCCAGAGAUUGGAAAGCUGCCGCGGUCAUCCCCCUCUUCAAAGGGGGUGACACUCUAGAUCCAAACUGUUACAGACCUAUAUCCAUCCUGCCCUGCCUUUCGAAAGUUUUUGAAAGCCAAGUUAACAAACAGAUCACCGACCAUUUCGAAUCCCACCGUACCUUCUCCGCUAUGCAAUCCGGUUUCCGAGCUGGUCAUGGGUGCACCUCAGCCAUGCUCAAGGUCCUAAACGAUAUUAUAACCGCGACCGAUAAUAGACAGUACUGUGAAGCCCUCUUCAUCGACCUGGCCAAGGCUUUCGACUCUGUCAACCACCGCAUUCUUAUUGGCAGACUAAAUAGCCUUGGUUUCUCAAAUGACUGCCUCGCCUGGUUCACCAACUACUUUUACAUUUACAUUUACGUCAUUUAGCAGACGCUCUUAUCCAGAGCGACUUACAUUAUUGAGUGCAUACAUUAUUUUUAUUUUUUCAUACUGGCCCCCCCCUGGGAAUCAAACCCACAACCCUGGCGUUGCAAACACCAUGCUCUACCAACUGAGCUACAUCCCUGCCGGCCAUUCCCUCCCUUACCCUGGACGACGCUGUGCCAAUUGUGCGCCACCCCAUGGGUCUCCCGGUCACGGCCGGCUACGACAGAGCCUGGAUUCGAACCAGGAUCUCUAGUGGCACAGCUAGCACUGCGAUGCAGCGCCUUAGACCACUGCGCCACUCGUACUUCUCAGAUAGAGUUCAAUGUGUCAAAUUGGAGGGCCUGUUGUCUGGACCUAUGGCCAGAUGGGGGUGCCACAGGGUUCAAUUUUUGGGCCGACUCUUUUCUCCGUGUAUAUCAAUGAUGUCGCUCUUGCUGCUGGUGACUCUCAGAUCCACCUCUACGCAGACGACACCAUUUUGUAUACAUCUGGCCCUUCAUUAGCCACUGUGUUAACAAACCUCCAAACGAGCUUCAAUGCCAUACAACACUCUUUCAGUAGCCUCCAACUGCUCUUAAACACUAGUAAAACUAAAUGCAUGCUCUUCAACCGCCCACCCGACUAGAAUCACUACUCUCGACGAGUCUGACCUAGAGUAUGUGGACAACUACAAAUACCUAGGUGUCUGGUUAGACCGUAAACUCUCCUUCCAAACUCAUAUUAAGCAUCUCCAAUCCAAAGUUAAAUCUAGAAUCGGCUUCCUAUUUCGCAACUAAGCCUCCUUCACUCAUGCUGCCAAACAUGCCCUCGUAAAACUGACUAUCCUACAGAUCCUUGACUUCGGCGAUGUCAUUUACAAAAUAGCCUCCAACACUACUCAGCAAAUUGGAUGUAGUCUAUCACAGUGCCAUCUGUUUUGUCACCAAAGCCCCAUAUACUACCCACCACUGUGACCUGUACGCUCUUGUUGGCUGGUCCUCACUACAUAUUCGUAUUCGUCGCCAAACCCGCUGGCUCCAGGCCAUCUAUAAAUCACUGCUAGGCAAAUCCCUGCCUUAUCUUAGCUCAUUGGUCACCAUAGCAACACCCACCCGUAGUAUGCGCUCCAGCAGGUAUAUCUCACUGGUCAUCCCCAAAGCCAACACCUCCUUUGGCCGCCAUUCCUUCCAGUUCUCUGCUGCCAAUGACUGAAACGAAUUGCAAAAAUCUCUGAAGCUGGAGACUCUUAUCUCCCUCACUAACUUUAAGCAUCAGUUGUCAGAGCACCUUACCGAUCACUGCACCUGUACACAGCCCAUCUGAAAUUAGCCCACCCAACUACCUCAUCCCCAUAUUGUUAUUUAUUUUGCUCAUUUUCACCCCAGUAUCUCUAUUUGCACAUCUCUUGCACAUCUAUCAUUCCAGUGUUAAUACUACUUGUAAUUAUUUUGCACUAUAGCCUAUUUAUUGCCUUACCUCCAUAACUUGCUACAGUUGCACACUCUGUAUAUAUAUUUUAUGUUGUAUUUUUGACUUUAUGUUUUGUUUUACCCCAUAUGUAACUCUGUGUUGUUGUUUUUAUCGCACUGCUUUGCUUUAUCUUGGCCAGGUCGCAGUUGUAAAUGAGAACUUGUUCUCAACUGGCUUACCUGGUUAAAUAAAGGGGAAAUAAAGUAAAAUAAAUACAAUUUAAACUCAGUUUUUCACAAUUCCUGACAUUUAAUCCUAGUAAAAAUUCCCUGUCUUAGGGUCAGUUAGGAUCACCACUUUAUUUUAAGAAUGUGAAAUGUCAGAAUAAUAGUAGAGAGAAUGGUUUAUUUCAGCUUUUAUUUCUUUCAUCACAUUCCCAGUUGGUCAGAAGUUUACAUACACUAAAUUAGUAUUUGGUAGUAUUGCCUUUAAAUUGAUUAACUUGGGUCAACUUGGGUAGCCUUCCACAAGCUUCCCUCAAUAAGUUGGGUGAAUUUUGGCCCAUUCCUCCUGACAGAGCUGGUGUAACUGAGUCAGGUAUGUAGGCCUCCUUGCUCGCACACGCUUUUUCAGUUCUGCCCACAAAUGCUCUAUAGGAUUGAGGUCAGGGCUUUGUGAUGGCCACUCCAAUACCUUGACUUUGUUGUCCUUAAACCAUUUUGCCACAACUUUGGAAGUAUGCUUGGGGUCAUUGUCCAUUUGGAUGACCCAUUUGCGACCAAGCUUUAACUUCCUGACUGAUGUCUUGAGAUGUUGCUUCAAUAUAUCCACAUAAUUUUCCCUCCUCAUGAUGCCAUCUAUUUUGUGAAGUGCACCAGUCCCUCCUGCAGCAAAGCACCCCCACAGCAUGAUGCUGCCACCCCCAUUCUUCACGGUUGGGAUGGUGUUCUUCGGCUUGCAAGCAACCCCCUUUUUCCUCCAAACACAACAAUGGUCAUUAUGGCCAAACAGUUCUAUUUUUGUUUCAUCAGACCAGAGGACAUUUCUCCAAAAAGUACUAUAUUUGUCUCAAUGUGCAGUUGCAAACCGUAGUCUGGCUUUUUUAUGGCGGUUUUGGAGCAGUGGCUUCUUCCUUGCUGAGCGGACUUUCAGAUUAUGUCGAUAUAGGACUCGUUUUACUGUGGAUAUAGAUUAUUUUGUACCUGUUUCCUCCAGCAUCUUCACAAGGUCCUUUGCUGUUGUUCUGGGAUUGAUUUGCACUUUACGCACCAAAGUACGUUCAUCUCUAGGAGACAGAACGUGUCUCCUUCCUGAGCGGUAUGACGGCUGCGUGGUCCCAUGGUGUUUAUACUUGCGUACCAUUGUUUGUACAGAUGAAGGUGGUACCUUCAGACAUUUGGAAAUUGCUCCCAAGGAUGAACCAGACUUGUGGAGGUCUACAGUAAUUUUUCUGAGGUCUUGGCUGAUUUCUUUUGAUUUUCCCAUGAUGUCAAGCAAAGAGGCACUGAGUUAGAAGGUAGGCCUUGAAAUACAUCCACAGGUACACCUCCAAUUGACUCAAAUGAUGUCAAUUAGCCUAUCAGAAGCUUCUAAAGCCCAUGACAUCAUUUUCUGGAAUUUUCCAAGCUGUUUAAAGGCACAGUCAACUUAGUGUAUGUAAACUUCUGACCCACUGGAAUUGUGAUACAGUGAAUUAUAAGUGAAAUAAUCUGUCUGUAAACAAUUGUUUGAAAAAUGACUUGUGUUGUGCACAAAGUAGAUGUCCUAACCGACUUGCCAAAACUAUAGUUUGCUAACAAGAAAUUUGUGGAGUGGUUGAAAAACGAGUUUUAAUGACUCCAACCUAAGUGUAUGUUAACUUCCGACUUCAACUGUAAGUGCCUUUGAACGGGGUAUGGUAGUAGGUGCCAGGCGCACCGGUUUGAGUGUGUCAAGAACUGCAACGCUGUUGGGUUUUUCACGCUCAACAGUUUCCCAUGUGUAUCAAGAAUGGUCCACCACCCAAAGGACAUCCAGCCAACUUGACACAAAUGUGGGAAUCAUUGGAGUCAACAUGGACCAGCAUCCCUGUAGAACGCUAUCGACACUUUGUAGAGUCCAUACCCCGACGAAUUGAGGCUGUUCUGAGGGCAAAAGGUGGGGGGGAUGCGCAACUCAAUAUUAGGAAGGUGUAAUUAGUGUUUUGUACACUAAAUGUAUACUGUGUUAUUCCUUGUGAAUGUCUUGUUAUUAUUGAUAUGAUUCUGCUGAACAACGCCAGUGGAUAACAUUUUCUUCCACUACUUGUCUUUCAGUUCUUCAGUUCUUCCCUGCCUGGCUCUGAAUUCGACCUGGAGAGCCUUGACUUUGUAAGUUAGACAGAAUCAGAAUCACAUUUAUUUGGCAAAUAUGUGUGCAUGUACAGAAAUGUGACUUGGUGAAAUGGUGCUCCAACAAUAAACAGAAUAUACAGACAGAAAAUAAACAGAUUAUACGGAUACGAUCUAGACACAGAAUUUAAACAAUCCACAUUCUAUGUACACAAUGAACACCAAGCUAAAAACUACAGACUACACUAUAAACUGUAUAAGUUACAUUGAGUUGUGCAUGUAUAGAUGUAUAAAUAAAACAGUUUACAGGAUGAUGUGCAAUAGGGGAAAUAUAUAUGUACGGGUCUGUCCGUGGCAGAGCGCAAAGGGCAGAUGCGGGAUGUGCUUGGUGCAAAGGACAGGUGCGGGAUAGCUUGGUGUUCAUUGUGUACAUACAAUACAAUGUGGAUUGUGUAAAUUCUGUGCAGUUAUAUGAAAGUGCAGGGUGCAUAGUCCGUGGAGGAAUAGUAAACAGGACAUAGCCCAUGAAUGAAAAGAUCAUUGUGGACAAGGUGGCUGGUUGGUAAGGGCCACGGCACGGGGGAAGAACCUGUUCAGGUGGUGGGAGGUUUUGGUCGUGAUUGACCUGAACCAUUUGCCAGAGGGUAGUCUUUGGGAGAUGGGGUGGAAAGGGUAUGGAUAUGUAGACCUGCUGCCGUAGCAGGGCAAGGGGAUUGUGUAUUUAGCUGUUUACUUCCUUUUGUUUCGUUCAUAAAAUAAGCGAAAGUGUCUCACACUGUGGACCCCUCUGUUUUUAUAGAUCCAGGACUUGCUUUCAUCAGAUCCACCCAAAGGGGCUGAGAGAAGUGACAACUACACAGGUAAAAGCUCCUAAUAUACAGUAUAUCAUGCUGACUGCAUUUUUAUUAGCAUAUUUGUAAAUAUUAAUUUAACUUUUAUGUAAUUUUUUAUGGGAGUGACCGUGUACUGAUACUACUACACAGUAAAAUUGCAAGAGUUAAUUCAACUCCCAUGUGUCAAAUUCAACACCAUUUUGGGGUUUAUAUGGUCCCACCCCCAUUUAGUCAAAACUACUAUGGUUUUACACAUUUCUGUGUUUUUAAUUGGCUACCAAGCCAUUUUAGAAUUUUUCUGUGUUUUGAAUUUCAAUCAUCUUAGUUGGAGUACAUUUUCCCUUUAGUAGUUUACUAACUUUUAACACUGUAGGGGCUAAAGCCUAAUUUGCAUAUUUCCCACUGUGCUAUUUGAAUGAAUGAUAAGGUUACCACCGAUUACCGUGACAUCUAAUUCCUUAUGGAAUCCAGCAAGAAGGAGGACAUCCAACAAUCGGAACUUUACAUGAACCACAACCGGCUGUCAAAGUCAGGCUGGAAGGUGUAAUUUGAAAGGACUGCUUAGAUCAUGUAAACGGGAACAACUAUCUCAGUAACAGUUGCAAUAAAUCCAAUCACUUACAGAUUGGGUCAGUUUAGAAAAAUGUAUGUUUUUUAUCUUUGUAUACCAUAAGAUCAAUAACGACCAACGUACAAAACAAAGAUAUUGAAACAAACAAUUCAAAAGAAUCUACCUGCAACAAAGCAUGCUGGGAAAUAUGAUAAUGAGGCCUCUGUCACUUCUUUCAACAUGUAGAAAACGCUCCCAACAUUUCCUGGUUGCUUAAAAUUGUAGGUAAUACUUUAUUUGGAUAGUCCAUCCGUAGAUGCUCUACAGACUAUCCGUAACAUUUAAACUAUCUCCUAACCUUAACCUUUAUCCUAACCUUAAAUUUAGCCCUAACCUUAACUGUUAUUCUAACUCUUAUUCUAACCCUAACCUUAGCAAGCAGUUGCUUAUCAACAGAUAGUUUGUUGAUAGUAUGAACAUCUGUAGAGCAUCUACAGAAUGAUUAUCCAAAUAAAGGGUCACCAAAUUCUAAACCGUUCGCCUAAUUUAAGUUUGUGACACAACAUUGGACCAUUUAAACUGCUGUAAAAUACUGUAUCUUUUCAAUAACCCAAAAUAUUGUAUUUUCUGCUGUUUAAAGCUUCGGAUGUGAAAAACUUAACUUAAGAACCGGAAGCAUGCAAAUGGUCUACUGCUUUUCCGACUUGCUUUCAAUGACAAUGACAGAUGUAUAACACAUUUCUAUGUGACGGGUUGCCUAAAAACCAUCAUACUCCGCACAUACUACUCAUACUACAUAAUACAUACUACAUACUGUGGAAAUUAACACUGUUGAAUCAACUCUUAAAAUGUCAUAGUGAAAAAACAUUAACACUUUAAAUGUAAUACUUCAUGCAGUGUACUCCAAAGAAGUGUAAAGGGGCUGUGGAUACUCCAUAGAUAUCUCUCGCUGUCUCCGGUUACUCUUAAUGGGGUUAGAAAUACUCCCUCUCAAUGAACUCCAGUUAUCAACACUAACUCGAAGAAGCGUAUCACUCUGUUGAGGGUUAAGACCUCUCCAAUAGUCAAUUUAACCCUGUGAUUCCAACUUUCCUUGAUUUUAUAUAAUGCAAUGCUCAGUCAUUAGAUUUAAUGAUGCUUCUUUCUCAUAUUUCAGAGAUCAUAAUCUCAUGUGUUUACAUAUUUCAGAGAUCAUAAUCUCAUGUUUUUCUAUGUUGAUUAAAGCAGGGAAGCAGCUGGUCCAGUACACCUCCCAGCCAAUGCUACUGACUGACCCAUUGACCAAUGAGAACGGCGGAGCGGACCUCCCCACUCUGCUGGAGCAGGAGGGGGACUCGUAUUUCACCCAGGACCAGGACCCUGAAGAGGACCCUUCCAUCUCGCUCCUCACUACCGACUACCACACAGCAGCACCAGACGAGCCCAAACUAUCCUAAAGCACAUUUUUUAAAUAAAGGGAUGUAUUGCAGUGUUUUUGUUUUUUUGUCAUUAUGUUCAUGUGCAGAUGAUGAAAAAUCAACCUUGUUAAAACAUGUAUUAUUAUAGUGUUCAUUAUUCUCUGAGCUAUUGAUUUUCAUUCAUUUUAAGGCUUAAACUACUUAGUGAAAGAAUUUUGCUUAGAUGAAUCAAACCAAAUGUUCGACCUACGCUACUGGCCUGGUUUGUUCAGCUCAUGGAAAGGACUUCCUGGGUUGAAUUAUCUGUGAUCUUAUUGGCGGACAUAAAUAAAGCUCAAUCAUAAUCAUUACUAGGUCAAGUUUUAAGCAUUGUUCACCAAGUUCCUUUAACUGUUAAAAGUGGAAGUAUGCAGAAUAAUUUUUUUGUUAUACCAAGGGUAAAAAUCCAGUACAUUUUCAAAUGUGUGUGCGUGUACACGUGCUUGCGUGGUCCACUAGACUCCACCUGAAUCAUUUCUCUCUUGUCUUUUAGACUCACUAUCCAAGGGAUGUGGCUUGGUUGAUAUAGGGAUAGUACCUUAAUCAUCAUUUUUUUAAGUGUUUGAAUCUUUGUGCUGCACCAAUAUGUUGUUUUAUUCACAGAUGCAGAAAGUGUUUUCUUUGACAUUUUCCUUUGCAUAAUUCAUAAUGGUGUGCUGUUGGUAUUUCAGCACCUUAUAGUUAUACUUUCAUAUAUAAGAUUAUGUUCCAUUGUAUUACUUGUUGUUUAAAGAACCAUACAUUAAUUUAUUUUAGACAGUUCUCCAAGACACCAAAUACUACUUACUCUAGCCCUCAGAAGUGUCAAUGUUCACAUGCAUAUAGUCUGUUGGACGACAAAAUCAUAUUGAUUUUUUAAAAUAAUAUAAUGCUACAUUGAGUAUUGACUAUUAAUUCAUAUUUUUUUCUUGAAGCAUUUUUUCUUGAAGACUAGAUGACCGACUGUCAAUAAAAUAUUACACGUCAGACGUCUGAAUGGCAUUGAGUUUUCUAGUGGAUAACCCAUCUGCCUUUGUUCACAGUAAGCAUUCAUGUCUUGAAAUCAAAUCUAACUUAUUUGGUUUAGAUUUCUUGAAACCAAAUCCACUGAUUUAAGACUGGCCCUUUGUACAAGUGUACAAUAGACUGCUUUUAAGAUGCUUUCUGUAUAUGACAAGAGAUUGAAAUAAUAUCCCUGGGUUAAUCCUUCUAUACCAGCCAGCACAUCCCAUUAUGUGGAUUGCUUUUUGGGAUGGAGAUUAUUUUAAUUUAAAGCAGGAUUCCAUGUAUAUCCUCCAAUGUCUUAUCAAUCAUAUGCUCUUCAUUUCUUAUCUGAAAGCCUGUUUCCCUCGAUCGUUCUUAUUUUAUAGUCAAGUCCUUGUCUAGGAAAACAAAAUAAAUCAUUGAAUCUUGGUUCAAGUGUGAGGAACUUUGUGAAUUUACGCAUUCUUCCCCCAGAGGUUGUUUUGAGUUUGUUCAAACUGUUUUUUUUUUUAUUAACUCCUCUUAAGAAAGGGGAAGUAUUGGAGUGUAUUGAUGUGCUGAAUUGUACAUUGUUAAGCACUUUUACCAGUUCCACCAUAACACAAUGGCACAGCCUGAGAAACCCAAAUUACGCAUGAGUACAAUAUUUUGUGUAUGGUAUGUUUUAAAUAAACAUGGUUGUUUUGAAAUAAAUUAAUUGUAUAUCCAUAAUACAUUACUGCAUUUAAGGUGAUAUUUUAGUUGUAAAUAAUGGCUGAGUAAUCAGUUGAACAGGCAUAUGGAUUACAUAAACAUUGCUCCCCACUUCAGUAUGUGAAAAAUAUGG